GUGUGAACCCCGUUUUGUUUCCGUUGUUGCUACGAGGCUGCCUCGCGCCGACGAAUCGCCCGAUCAGUACCUUCCACAGUUUUGUCGCUUUAGCAUCGUGUGUGAAGGCUUAAUUACUGGAGGUUACUUCGAGUUGAACAUUCAGUAUGGUAGGGACAAGGGUCUAUGUCGGUGGGCUUCCAUACGGCACCAGGGAAAGAGACCUUGAGAGAUUUUUCAGAGGCUACGGUCGAUUCCGUGAUGUUCUCAUCAAGAAUGGUUAUGGCUUUGUUGAAUUCGACGACUACAGAGACGCAGACGAUGCCGUCUAUGAAUUAAAUGGAAAGGAACUUCUAGGAGAAAGAAUUACUGUAGAGAGGGCCCGGGGGACACCUAGGGGUAGUGACCAGUGGCGCUAUGGUGACUCCCGUGGUGGUUAUGGGGACUCGAGGCGAUCUGCCCGAGACGAUAUGCGGCACGACAGAGAUAGUGUGAACAGAAACACGAGGACUGCAUCUAGCUACAAGCAAUCAUUGCCCAGAUACGGCCCACCAACACGAACUGAGUACCGCCUCACUGUGGAGAAUUUGUCGAGUCGCGUUAGUUGGCAGGAUUUGAAGGAUUACAUGAGACAAGCAGGAGAAGUGACAUAUGCGGAUGCUCACAAGCAACGUAGAAACGAAGGAGUUGUCGAAUUCGCGACGUACUCCGAUUUGAAAAACGCUAUCGAUAAAUUAGAUGACACAGAAUUGAACGGGCGCAGAAUUAGACUCAUCGAAGAUAAGAGACGCGGCCGUCGUUCAAGAUCUUCUAGUUCGAGAUCGCGUUCCCGAUCUCGUUCUCGAUCACGUCGUCGGUCGCGCUCCCGUUCAAGGUAUAAUCGUCGUUCUCGAUCCCGAUCAAGAAGCCGCCGCAGUUCCCGUAGCCACAGCCGUCGAAGCACCCGUUCCAAGUCAAGAGCACACUCAAAAUCCAAGUCCAAGUCCAAAUCCAAAUCUCCUGAGCGUAGUCGCUCACGUUCUAAAUCCAAAUCAAGAGACCGCUCAAAGUCGAAAUCUAAGUCAAAGUCCAAAUCCAGAUCUCGUUCUAGGUCCAAGGCUGAGAGGUCAAAGUCCAGGUCGCAGUCCAAAUCCAAAGCCAAGUCUCCCUCAAAGGAUAGAUCGAGCCGCGAGCGUUCCAGGGGCGAUAGAUCCAGAUCCCGAUCGGGAAGCAAACACAGCAAAAGCCGUAGCCGCUCUCGUUCGCCCAUGAACGGUGACAAAUCGCCGGAAAGCAGCAAACAAAAAGCCGAUUAAGCAAACACAUUAAAAAAAGAUUCAGGAAUCUAUUAUUUCUGCCCUUCUCUUUUCGUUUACCUUUUUUCACUCCUUUUUUAUAUCGAAGUUACAAAAAAAAAUUAAUAUCUUGUAUCAUUGCUAAUCAUCAAUCAUAAUGAUGAGAUUUUACGUUAUAAGAUUUUGUACAUUAUAUCGAAAUUCUAUCGUACUUCGAUAUUUAAUGUGUAAUUUGAAAUAUCCAAUAUCGAAAUUUAUUUUUAAGAUGUUAAUUUGAAACAUUCUCUAAAUCAUUCAUGUUUUACGCCUCAUCUAUUUUCUCCCUCUUUUUUUUCAAUUUCAUUGGUUAAAUGAUACACAUCAUCCGAUUCAAACAAUUCGCGCAUUUAGAUAAGUAUUCUUUAUUCAUAUCUCUGGUUACGAAUUUUCAAUGUAUCAUCGUAUAAUAAUACGAAUUUCCUUGUAAUGGCUUUUUGUAUAUAUUCCUAACGGUUACAUUACAAUAAGAAAGUAUGUGAUGUGUAUUAAAUAUUAAAUCUAGUGAUAAGAGAUAUCUCAUCUGUCAAUAAAAGUUCAUGUCAAUG